ACGCCACAGUCUCAAGCCCUUCAUCAUCCGCGCGGAGUCCCUGGGCUUGGGUUUGUUGUGUACGUGCGCUGCUGGCUGCUAGAGUGCAGGAAGGGGGGCUUAAAGUGAGCUGGUUGUAAAAACAUGGUUCGGGAGAGUCCUUGGCUUCGCGAUAAGCUAAAGGAGGGACGGGAGCGGGAUAGUAUGCGGAGUUAACGGCGCAGGAACGCCUCGGAUAACAGCGGAACAAAGAAGCGGUAACGUUAGUUAGCUACAAGUAUGGCUACCCGGGACAGCCGAGCGUACCGGAGAGCCGCGGCGGCGGCAGGGGCGAACGUCAAGCGGGAGCAGGACGACGACUCAGACGCGGAGGAGCUUCCUCCCCUCGGCCUGAGGAAAGCUGACGGCCGGGAGUCGCAGAUCAUCCACAGCGGGCAUUUCAUGGUGUCCACCCCGCACGUCGAGUACCCGCCGAAGAAAGGCUACGACUUCGACACAGUUAACAAACAAACGUGUCAGACCUACCACUUCGGCAAGACCAGCACGUCGCACCUCUCCAUCGACGCGUCCCUCACCAAACUCUUCGAGUGUAUGACUCUCGCCUACAGUGGAAGGUUGGUGUCACCGAAAUGGAAGAACUUCAAAGGCCUCAAACUGUUGUGGCGGGACAAGAUUCGCCUCAACAAUGCUAUCUGGAGAGCUUGGUACAUUCAAUCAGAUGUGGAGAAGAGAGAAAAUCCUGUUUGCCAUUUUGUUACACCUUUAGAUGGGACCAUGGACUCGGGAGUCCAUCGACCAACUGAGGCAAUAGCAACAGAAGGAAAGUACUGGAAGAGAAGGAUUGAAAUCGUUCUUAGAGAGUACCAUAAAUGGAGAACAUACUUCAAGAAAAGGUUACAGAAGCACAAGGACGAUGAUCUCUCCAGCCUCCUCAAGGUAGGGGCAGAGGAGCAGUUUUCGCUUUUUGGAGAAGUACGACCCGACACCCCCUUCCGUAUGCCCUUCUGCAUCCCCUUCUGCCAGGAUGAGGAGUUGGCGGGAGGCGGUCGCCGUGGCUCCCGGAGAAGCCGUGACUCACCUACCCCCAUGGAGAUGGACCCCAUCUUUGACAUGGAUGUCCUGAUGUCAGAGUUUUCAGACACGCUCUUUUCAACGCUGGCCUCUCACCAGCCAGUGGCUUGGCCUAAUCCCAGAGAGAUUGCACAUGCAGGUAAUGCAGACAUGAUUCAGCCAGGUCUCAUCCCACUACAGCCUAACCUGGACUUCAUGGACACCUUUGAGCCUCUUCAAGAUCUAUUUCACGCUCUGCGUCAGCCAGUGUACCCCUCCACCUCCCCCACUGCCCCAACCACCACUCCUUUACCCAGCAUCAGCACCCAAGCACAGACGUCCUUGAUGUCACCCAUACAUCUCCCUCCGGAACUUCCAUCCAUCUCACUGCCCACUCCUUCAAUACCUAAUCAAGACAAUAUUAGCUCUGUUGACCCGUCCUACCAGCAGAACUACAUGCCUCUGUUCACAGGACCGUUAGCAUCCUCAGCCCCUCACUCUCUGCAGUGUCAGACUGUGGUCACACUCCCUCAGCCUGUAAGCAGUCUGCCCCAGUCCGCCCAAAGCAGUCCCUCUCCGUCGGUGGUCACGCACACUGCCUCCUCCACUGUUACUCCCAGUGCUGCCGCUACCAGCCACAGGUCAAACUUCUCCUCCCUCUCCGCUGUCCCCUCUCAUCCAUCUCAGCCCCCGCCCGGGCCUGCACCCCCACCCUGUGCCUCUUUACCUCCUCAGCCUCAGAACUUUGCUUUACCCCGACCCAUCCAGCCCUCGCUGUCCAGCAAAAAGACCCGCCAUGUGAACAUUGCCCCUGCUAAUUCAACAUCCCAGCUCGUUCUGACCGCUCCCUUUCCAGGACCUGCUGGUGCUGUAUUUGUCACUCCACCCUCACUAAAACCCACUGAUGUGGUCCCUACUACAGGCAUGGUCAUCACCUCAUCCAGUAUUCCACGUGGGCCUGGGUUUCAUAUACUCACACAGAGUCAGAAAUCCCCUCAGCUUAUUGUUCCUAAGGAGGAAACAGCCUUAAGUGCUUCUAGUAUCAUGAGCCCAGCACCAUCUUCAGCAAAUGAGAUUCUCUUUACUGCAAGAGAUGGACGAACUUCAGGUCAAGGAUCGCCUCUAGGGGCUGAGCAGGUGCCAAGCCCCCAGUCUCCACUAAGCAGUAGCACAGGCCUGCCAAAGAAUGAGGGCAACCAGAGUCGUCGAGUGAACCACAUAUCAGCUGAGCAGAAAAGACGAUCCAGCAUCAACGUCGGCUUCAAGACGCUCUGCGGUUUAGUCCCUACGCUCAAAUCACAGUCAAAUGUAAAUAUCAGUAACGCUACAACUCUUCAGAAGACAGUGGACUACAUUGGGAAGCUGCAGCAGGAGAGGCAGCAGAUGCAGGAGGAGACGAGGCGACUGAGGGAGGAAAUCGAGGAGCUUAACGCAUCCAUCAAUUUAUGUCAGGAGCAGCUCCCAGCCACAGGGGUGCCCAUUACACGGCAUCGCUUUGAUCACAUGAAGGAGAAGUUUGAUGAAUAUGUGAAGAACAGAACUCUUCAGAACUGGAAGUUCUGGAUCUUUAGCAUCAUCAUCAAACCUCUUUUCGAGUCCUUCAAUGGAAGUGUGUCCACCACCAACGAGAGCGAGCUAUGUGAGACCACCCUGCAGUGGCUGGACCGGGACUGUGCCCUGCCUGUCCUCAGACCUAUGGUUUUAAGGACACUGCGCCAGUUGAGCACCACCACCUCAAUACUGACUGACCCUACACUGCUUCCGGAAGAAUCAAGGCAGGCCGUCAUCAAUCCCAGACGCUCCUCAAAGUCCUAGGCUGUGAUCCCUGUAAAACAAGCAUAGAGCUAGGAACACCUCUCUCUCUCUCUCAGGCAGAGCAGAAUUGAGGGAUGUAAUCAGGAGAAUGAGAAGACGAGGCGCAAACCUUCGGCGUGCCUUAAUUAGGGUCCCGACUGAACGUGGUUUUCUAUAGUCAGGGUUUUAAUGCUGAUUAAAGGUCAGGGAAGUGUGCUUCUUUCGCAUCUUCAGUGCUUUUGCUGCAAUAUUAUAAAACCAUGUUUUUGGUUUUACCAGUGUUAUAAGAACUGCCGUGGACUUUUAGGCACUUGGGUUUUUCAUGCCUUUUGUUUAAAAGGGACGCUGUACUGAAAACGAGAUGCUGUGGGCAGAGCUCAAAAGGAAUAGCUAAAAGCCUUAAUAUAGUUCAUGUUCUUGGACAUCAGAACACCUAAUUUUCAAAGGACAAACCAAAGUCUCAUCCCUGAAAGGACAUGAUUGUGUUUGCACUAUAGUUUUUUUAACCUAAAGCUCUGUUUGAUCUCCUGUUUGAUCAGCAACCUCUCCAGCCUGUUUUGGACAUGCAGUUCAUUUAGUCUUCCACUUUGUAAUACUGAUGCCUCUCCUCAGCAUAAUCUUUUAUAUGUCUUAUGUGUUGUAGUUAAAGACAUUUUAAAGUAAUUAUCAUAUAUCAGUACUUACAUUAAAUUACAGCCUUAUCAAAAGCAAUUCUCGCAGUAUCCCUGCUGAAAGAAUGUAAAUCUCAUUUAAAGAUUCUCAUUUUAGCUUGCUUGUCCACCUUGGAUGUAAACACACAUUCUAGAUCAGUGUAUUUGGAUUAAACAGGUUCCAGACCCCAAGAAUGUGGAACAAUAUUUUAAAAAUCUGAUAUUUGCUCCUCAGGUUUCCCUCCCUCUAGUCAGCUGAACUAGUGUAUGAGUGAGAAUGCUGCAUUCUUGCAAAUGAGCAUAUUAAAGAAAGUAUUUUAGUCUGUAAUUUCUGACGUAUAUUACUUGCAUUUGCAUGUACAUCAAAAAAAAAAGAUUAAAAAAGGGAAAAGGGGAAGUAAGUUUUUUUUGUAUUUAUUUUAUAUUGAAAUAUGUUACACAGUGUGAGUGAGAGUGUAUAGUCAAAUUAUACUGAAAUACAGAGCUAUGAAUAAGUUUUGAGCACCCCUGAUAAUUUUCUUUUUCUUUUUUCUUUUUUUUUUAAUUAUUGUUUUGAUCAGCAAUUUCAGUUAAAUAUAUCAUAUAGCAGAUGAACACAGUGAAAUUUCAGAAGUGAAAUAAAGUUUAUAGGAUUUACAGAAAGUGUUCAAUAAUUCUUUGAACUAAAUUAGACAGAUUCAUAAAUUUGGCCCUUGUCGUUUAGCACUAAUUAUUCGAACACAAAAUUUGUUUGGUAAGCUCAUUGACCCUUGUCCUACAUACACAGGUGAAUCCAAUUGCAGGUAUUUCUCCUUUUUUUUUUUUUUUUACAUUUUCUCUGAAGAGCGGCAACAUGGGAGCCUCAAAACACAAAACUCUCAAAUGACCUGAAAACAAAGAUUAUUCAACAUCAUGGUUUAGAGAAAGAAUAUAACAAGCUCAAAUCUCAGAGAUUUCAGCUGCAGUUUCCACUGUGAGGAACAGAGUGAGGAAAUGGAAGAACCACAGACACAGUUCUAGUUAAGGCCUGAAGUGACAGAACAAGAAAAAUCUCAGAUAAUCAGAGGAGAAGAAUUGAGAGAACAGUCAUAGUGAACCCACAGACCUCCAGAGCUCCAAACACCUACAUCAUCAUCUUACUGCAGAUGGAGUCACUGUGCAUCAGUCAGCUAUUCAGCUCACUUUACACAAGGAGAGUCUGUAUGGAAGAAAAAUGCAGAAGAAACAUUUUCUGAGCCACAAACAGAGUCGCUUCAGGUAUCCUGAAGCUAAAACACAUUUAGACAAGCCAGCUUCAUUUUGGAAUAAGGUUCUGUGGGCUGAUGAAUCUAAAAUUGAGUUAUUUGGAGGGCGGUUAUGGAAUGAUAGUUAUGGAGUUAUGGUUAUUGGAAUGAUCAUCUCAGAUCAUCUCCGUCCCCAGACCUGAAUAUUAUUGAAUCUGUGAUUUAAAGUGAGCUGUUCAUGAUCAGAAACCAUCAAACCUGACUGAACUGGAGAUGAUUUAUAAAGAAGAAUGAUUCAAAAUACCUUCAACCAGAAGCCAGACUCUCAUUGGAAGCUACAGGAAGAGUUUAGAGGCUGUUAUUUCUGUAAAAGGAGGAGCUACUAAAUAUUGAUUGAAUUUUUCUGUGGCGUGCCCAAAUGUAUGCACCUGCCUAAUUUUGUUCCAAAACAUGUCAUCUGCUGGUGUUGGUCCACUAUGUUAUAACGAGUAUAAAGUUUUCACUGGUUCUUCUCAGUCAUACAGGGGUCUUUACAGCUGCAAACAGUUUGAUCAUUGUUUCAUCAGGUGGCUAUAAGGGCCAUUCAAAUAAAUGGGUGCCAUUUGCUUGCAGUACCUCUUACAAAUUAAGCUAAUUAUUUUUUUAUUUUUUUAUUUUUUUCACCUCUGAAUCUAAUAAAACAUGUACUGCUCAAACUU